AGAAGACCUGGAGCCCGAUCGUCUGUGAGAAUUUAGCGCGCAGCUUUGAAGGCGCUGAGGGGAGGGGACCUGGUUUUAAGAGUGUGUCCAGCCAUGCCGGCCGAACGGCCAGCGAGCAGCCGCAGGAGCCCAGCUCCAGACACGGAUGCACAAGCGGAGACCGCCGUGAUCACCGCCGCUAUGCUGGAGGAGGAGGAGCAGCUGGAGGCCGCCGGCCUGGAGAGAGAGCGGAAGAUGCUGGAAAAGGCUCGCUUGUCUUGGGAUAGAGAGUCCGUGGACAUUCGAUACCGAAGACUUCAACAUUUGCUUGAAAAAAGCAAUAUCUACUCCAAAUUUUUAUUAACUAAGAUGGAACAGCAGCAGUUAGAGGAACAGAAGAAGAAAGAGAGACUGGAAAGAAAAAAGGAAUCUCUAAAAGUAACCAAGGGUAAAAAUACCACUGAUGCAAGUGAAGAGAAUUCAGUUACAAGAAAGAAAAGAGGAAGAGAAGAUGAAUCAUACAAUAUUUCAGAGGUUAUGUCAAAAGAGGAAAUUUUGUCUGUGGCUAAAAAGAAUAAAAAGGAGAGUGAGGAUGAUAGCUCCUCUUCUAAUCUCUGUGUAGAAGAUCUUCAGAAAAACAAAGAUUCAAAUAGUAUAAUUAAAGAUAGAUUGUCUCAAACUGUGAGGCAGAAUACUAAAUUCUUUUUUGACCCAGUUCGAAAAUGUAAUGGACAGCCAGUCCCUUUCCAGCAACCUAAAUACUUCACAGGAGGAGUGAUGCGAUGGUACCAAGUGGAAGGCAUGGAGUGGCUUAGGAUGCUCUGGGAAAAUGGAAUCAAUGGCAUUUUAGCAGAUGAAAUGGGAUUGGGAAAGACGGUUCAGUGCAUUGCCACAAUUGCAUUGAUGAUUCAGAGAGGAGUACCUGGGCCUUUUCUUGUCUGUGGCCCUUUGUCUACACUUCCUAACUGGAUGGCUGAAUUCCAGAGAUUUACACCAGAAAUUUCUACUAUGUUAUAUCAUGGGACGCAGCAGGAACGUAGAAAAUUGGUAAAAAAUAUUCACAAGCGGAAGGGGACACUGCAGAUUCAUCCUGUGGUAAUCACUUCAUUUGAAAUAGCCAUGAGAGACCGAAAUGCUUUACAGCAUUGUGACUGGAAAUACUUAAUAGUAGAUGAAGGACACAGGAUUAAGAACAUGAAGUGCCGUCUAAUCAGGGAAUUAAAACGGUUCAAUGCAGAUAACAAACUUCUUUUGACUGGUACUCCCUUGCAAAACAAUUUAUCAGAACUUUGGUCUCUGCUAAACUUCUUAUUGCCGGAUGUAUUUGAUGACUUGAAAAGCUUUGAGUCUUGGUUUGAUAUCAGUAGUCUUUCUGAAACUGCUGAAGAUAUUAUUGCUAAAGAAAGAGAACAGAAUGUAUUGCAUAUGCUGCACCAGAUUCUAACGCCUUUCUUACUGAGACGACUGAAAUCUGAUGUUGCUCUUGAAGUUCCUCCUAAACGAGAAGUAGUUGUGUAUGCACCACUUUCAAAGAAACAAGAGAUGUUUUACACAGCCAUCGUGAACCGCACAAUUACAAACAUGUUUGGAUCCACUGAGAAAGAAACAGUUGAGUUAAGUCUCACGGGACGACCAAAACGGAGAACUAGAAAAUCAGUAAAUUACAGCCAAGUAGAUGAUUUCCCUAAUGAAUUGGAAAAACUGAUCAGUCAGAUACAGCCAGAGGUGGAGCGAGAAAGAACUGUUGUGGAAACAACUAUCCCUGUAGAAUCUGAAGUUAAUCUGAAGUUGCAGAAUAUAAUGAUGCUACUUCGUAAAUGCUGUAAUCAUCCAUAUUUGAUUGAGUAUCCUAUAGACCCUGUCACACAAGAAUUUAAGAUUGAUGAAGAAUUAGUGACAAAUUCUGGGAAGUUCUUAAUUUUGGAUCGAAUGCUUCCAGAGCUAAAAACCAGAGGUCACAAGGUGCUGCUUUUUUCCCAAAUGACGAGAAUGUUGGAUAUUUUGAUGGAUUACUGCCACUUUAGAAAUUUUAAUUUUAGCAGACUUGAUGGAUCCAUGAGUUACACAGCAAGAGAGAAAAAUAUGCACAACUUCAACACAGAUCCAGAUGUGUUUAUUUUCUUAGUGAGUACACGAGCUGGUGGCCUGGGUAUUAAUUUGACUGCAGCAGAUACAGUUAUUAUUUAUGAUAGUGAUUGGAAUCCCCAGUCUGAUCUUCAGGCCCAAGAUAGAUGUCAUAGAAUUGGUCAGACAAAGCCAGUUGUUGUAUAUCGUCUUGUUACAGCAAAUACUAUCGAUCAGAAAAUUGUGGAAAGAGCAGCUGCUAAAAGGAAACUGGAAAAGUUGAUCAUCCACAAAAAUCAUUUUAAAGGUGGUCAGUCUGGAUUAAAUCAAUCUAAGACUUUCUUAGAUCCUAAGGAGUUAAUGGAAUUACUGAAAUCUAGAGAUUAUGAGAGGGAAGUAAAAGGAUCAAGAGAGAAGGUCAUCAGUGAUAAAGACCUAGAGUUGUUGUUAGAUCGAAGUGAUCUCAUUGAUCAAAUGAAAGCCUCCAGACCAAUUAAAGAGAAGAAUAGGAUUUUCAAGAUACUAGAAAAUUCUGAAGAUUCCAGUCCUGAAUGUUUGUUUUAAAUUGGAACUAAAGAAUAUCUUUAAAAUAUUAUUGCUUAUAUCUAAUGAUAUACCUUUGUUGGUGUUGAAAUUCAUAUUGUUUACUUUUUUUGGUUAUAUCAGUUUAUAUAACUAGUACUAUUGCAUAAUUAAUAGAUAGUAAUUAUCUGAGCCUUGUUAAGAGAAAAAAGUAUUCACAUUAAGUGUAGACUUUCAGUUAAUUUUUCAGAUUCUGUAGUACUCUUUGGGUACAAACUGAUGUGUACUUAACCACUGCCAGAAUUAAUCACUCUUCCUGUGGAAGUUUAAUAAAUGCUUUUCUCCCUCUUUUAGCAAUACAGUUCAUGGGCUUUUGGUACUUAAGCUAAUGAGUAGGCUUUUGAGAGGGGAGAGACUGGAAUUCUGUUUUCUGUUGUUUUAAUAGGAAAUUGUUAAAUGUUAAGGUCUUUCUAUUAAAUAGUUUUUGAAUAAAUGUUACAAGAU